UUGUUGUUUUUCUUUCUUUUUUUUUUGGACCACAUCAGCUUGCCCUCCCUGUACCACAGCCUUCCAUGACAAAUCGUUCCUCUAACUGAUCGCCACCACAAGAACCACCAGACCCACAAUCUAAGAUGGACACAUACGGCGAGUUUGUCCGGACUUUUCACUCAUUGUCUCGCAAGGAUGUGGCCUUGGUUGGCGGCAAGAACGCAUCACUGGGUGAGAUGAUUAGCGCUCUUGAUAGCGAGGAAAUUGCCGUGCCACAUGGCUUUGCCACAACAUCCCACGCAUACUGGCAAUUUGUUGAGGUCAAUGGCAUCCGCAGCAGGCUUGAAGCUGCCAUUGACCACUGGCGCCAGGGCAAGACAAACCUGGUUGAUACGGGCCACACCAUCCGAUCCUUGUUCCUCGGGGGUUCCUGGCCAGGCCCGGUCGCAGCUGCGAUCGAGGCUGCUUAUCAUGACCUCGGGGCCAAGGCGGGGAUGGAUGAUCCGAGCGUUGCAGUCAGGUCAAGCGCCACAGCAGAGGAUCUCCCCACCGCAAGCUUUGUGGGGCAGCAAGAGUCGUACCUGAACAUACGCGGCGCCGAGGAAGUGCUGGCCGCUUGCCGGCGAUGCUAUGCGUCGCUCUUCACGGACCGGGCCAUUAGCUACCGCGAAGCCAAGGGAUUCGACCACACGAGCGUGGCGCUCUCGGUUGGUGUGCAGCAUAUGGUCCGCGCGAACCGGGCAGGGGGCGGGGCGGGCGUCAUGUUCACGAUCGACCCCGAGAGUGGCUACGACCAAGUGGUUCUGAUCAACGCGUCUUGGGGACUAGGCGAGACUGUCGUGCAGGGCACUGUCGAUCCAGACGAGUACGAGGUGUUCAAACCACUGAUUGGUAGUGGGGCCGGUGUUUUCCCCGUGGUGAACAAGACGUGUGGAAGCAAGGCCAUCAAGAUGGUGUAUGGAGGCGAGGCAGAGACGGACGCCCCAACGACUAGUGUGCCGACGACCGCGGCCGAGCGUGCAAGCUUCGUGCUCAGCGAUCAUGAAAUCUUGCAGCUUGGACGAUGGGCAUGCGCGAUUGAGAGGCACUACGGCUGCGCCAUGGAUAUCGAAUGGGCGAGAGAUGGAGUUUCGGGCGACCUCUUCGUGGUCCAGGCGCGACCCGAGACGGUGCACUCGCAGAUGGGGCGGCCUGGCUCUUCUGGCGAAGUGGCUCAGACAUAUGUUGUCCGUGAGCCAGGACCGGUCCUGGCCACUGGACAUGCAAUCGGGACCGCCGCAGUAGCAGGUCGGGUCUGCCAUAUUGCGUCGGCUCGCCACAUGGACCGCUUCGUCGAUGGCUCCAUACUCGUCACCGAGUUCACAGACCCGGACUGGGUUCCCCUCAUGCGCCGCGCCGUGGCUGUUGUCACAGACCAUGGGGGGCGCACCUCCCACGCUGCCAUUGUAAGCCGCGAGCUUGGCGUUCCCGCCAUUGUUGGCUGCGGCAAUGCCACCCGCGUGCUGCACCCCGGCCAGGACGUGACGGUGGAUUGCUCGCGGGGCACCACCGGUUACAUCCACGCCGGGCAGUCCCAGGUCGUGACGGAAACCCUGGAUCUUGCCGCCCUCGGUCCGGCCCACACAAAAGUCAUGCUCAACCUGGCGGACCCUGCCGUGGCGUACCGCUGGUGGCGGCUGCCCCAUGACGGCGUGGGCCUCGCACGCAUGGAGUUUGUCAUCAGCAGCGUUAUCCAGGUGCACCCCAUGGCCCUUCUGCACUACGAUGAGCUCCCAGAUGGCGACGACAAGCGACAAAUCGCCCGCAUGACUGCCGCGUACAUGUCCAAGGAGGACUAUUUCGUGGACAAGCUGUCGCGAGCGCUGGCUGCCCUCGACUUCAAGACCAAUGAGUAUGCACGCCUGCUCGGAGGCGCCAAGUUUGAGCCUGUCGAGGAAAACGCCAUGCUCGGUCUCCGCGGCGCGGCGCGCUACUACUCGCCCCGGUACAGGGACAGCUUUGGACUAGAGUGUCGUGCCAUCCAGCAACUCAGGGACCAUAUGGGCUUCACAAAUGCCAUUGUCAUGAUCCCGUUUUGCCGCACGGUGGACGAGGCGCACAAAGUCCUCGAAAUCAUGGCUAGCCAUGGGCUCGGGAGGGAUCACGGCAUCAACAACCAGGAAAGGCCCGGUAGAUAUUUAUUGGCAACACCCUUCUCGAUCGGGUCCAAUGACCUAACCCAACUUACGCUCGGGGUUGACCGCGACUCCAGCGAGCUCGCGGCCCUUUUCGACGAGCAGGACCCGGCCGUCAAAUGGAUGAUCGAGCGGGUGAUCACGGCCGCCAGUGCGACGGAAACAAAGAUCGGCUUUUGUGGUCAAGCACCCAGUGACGACCCCACUUUUGCAAGGUUCCUCGUCAGUUUGGGGAUCGACUCCAUUUCCGUGAGCCCAGAUAGCUUUGUGGCGGUCAAAAGAAACGUGGCCGAGGCGGAAGCGGCACGGAAGUGGCCGGGCACGCCAAAUGGGAGCUGACUUGGGCAUUGUUCUCUCUGGUGUGAUAUUGGUUGGUAGGCGCGAUGGCAGUUAU